AUGACAGACAUUUCCCAGAAGGUUAACAAGGAACUAAUAAAGUACUGUUGUGACCUCAAUGAAUUCAAAUUCGGCGAGAGGAUCGGCGAAGGUGGAUUCAGUGAAGUGUUUUUCGCAAUACAUCAACCCACUGGUAUUAAAACCGCCGUUAAAAAGCUCUAUUUAAAGAAAAUGGAGGGUGAUGAUCUUGUAUUGUUCAGACGUGAGCUUGAAAACCUUGCAGAAUGCGACAAUAUGUUCAUUUUACCCUUUCUCGGAUGUACAUUAUCAUACCCAUUUACGAUUAUCACAAAACUAAUACCGAACGGAUCAUUAUUUGGUGCAUUAAAAGACAAAAAGAACAACCCAAAGCUUACAGGCACAGAAAAAACUAUACUUGCUUUCGGCAUUGCUCACGGAAUGGCUUAUUUGCACUCACAUGGUAUCAUGCAUCGAGAUCUCAAGUCAUUAAAUAUUCUGCUUGAUGAAAAAAAGUAUCCGAUAAUUUGCGAUUUUGGAUUAUCGAGAAAAGAGAACGAAGGCUUCGUCGAAGGCUCCGCGCAAUAUGCUACAAGGGAUGUAGGUACUCCACACUGGAUGGCUCCCGAAAUAUACAGUAAUGCAGGUACAUAUACGAAUAAAGUCGACGUCUACUCGUACGGCAUCAUUCUUUGGGAGAUGCUUGCAGAAUCUGCUCCCUUCAACAAAAUGAGCCCCGCGCAGAUCAUGUUUACCGUCUGCCAGAAAAAGGAAAGACCUGCAAUUCCUCAUGAUUCUCCAAAAUUUCUUAAGUCCCUUAUCGAAAGGUGCUGGAACCAGGACCCUGAAAAAAGACCGUCGUUCGCUACUAUCUGCAAGAAGAUAAAACAUAACCCGAUUUUAUACGGAGGAACUGUUGUUCCGCAUGUAGAGAAUUUUAUUAAACAAGUUGAAGCAGAUGAGAAGACCCGCUGCAAGAUUGGUGAAUGGAAGGCUCCUCCGCUUACUCCUAUGCAGGGAACUCCAAAGAAACAAAUGGGAGGAUCUCCGAUUAUGGGAAUGCCCCAGAAGAUGCAAAUGGGAUCUUCCCCGAUGAUGAACCAGCAAAUGGUAAUGGGUGGCUCACCAAUGAUGCAAGGCCAGCCUCAAAUGGCUCAAGGAAAUUUGCCAUUAAUGAACCAAGGCCCUCAUUCUGUUUCGAUGCAUCAGAGAAUAAUGCAACAACCACAAGUAAUACAACAACAGCAAGUAAUGAUGCAACAACGACCUCAACAAGUAAAUUACGUCAUUUUAUCUCAUCCAGAACGUUCUGACUUCAUAGAAGUAUUCAACGCUGCAGUUUCAAUGAUCAAUACUCAAAAUGCUACGGAAUUUUUCUCUCACUUAAAAGGAGCUUGCAAAGAUUCAACUCCACAACAAAUUUACUUACAAUUCCUUCCACAAGUAUCUCAAGUCGUUCAAUCAGAUGUUAAUUACUGCCAAUGCAUGAUUCAAACAGGAUUCCAUUACUUUUUACCUUACAAAACUUCAGGAUUAUCAUCAUUAUCGCUUAUUAUAUUAAAUACAGCAGUUCUCAACUUCCCACAAGUUAUUAAUACCGAUUUACUUAACAUUUUAGCACCAACAGUUCAAACUCAUGCAAAUUUAAUCAUUGAUAUCUUAAUUUUAUACUUUAGAAACGGAAAUCACCUUUCAAAUAACGCAGAAGUAUUUGAUUUCAUCACAAACAAUGCAAAUACAUUUGUUACAAACUCAGGAGAUUACUUUUUGACCUUUUAUUACAAUCUCAUUACAACUUAUCAGUCUCAGUGGCCAAACAGGGUCCAGGACAUUCCAAAGGUUCUUACCAAAGCGUUUACCUCCCAGAACAACCGCGUAAUUAAAGCUGCUUACAAAUUUGCCAUCGAAUUCAUUGACCAAAAGGUAACAAUCGAUUCACUAACGCUCUCUUUGCAUAUUAAGAAUAAGAAGACUCGACGUGUCGCAGCAUCUUAUCUCGCAAGAAUUACUGAAUUUGAAUAUACUCAAGAAUUAGUCGACGCUUUGAUAGAUGCAGCCCAGGAUGAUAAAGUAUGCUUGAUCUGCCUCUAUAACGCACUUUCCCAUAGCACAAAGGCAUCUUCUGUCGCUGUAACUUCAUCUCUUCUUUGGUCAAAAACUAAUCGUCUCUCAAUUAUUGAUAAAAUGACGAUAACGAUUAUUUUGGCCUCAAAUGAAGCGAACUACAAUCUAUUAGCGAAUUCGGAUGGAUUUUGUGCUUUCUUAGCUGAUAUUCCGUUUUCCAAGAACGUUGAAUUGAUCGACGUCGUUACAGAUAUAAUUAUCAAAUUAGAACCAACGAAACCGUUCAUCCAGACGCUUAAACGAGCCAAGUUCUUCACGAAUUACUUCAACUCAGUCCCUUAUCUUGGCUCACAGAACGCAAUUGUUAAGAGUUUGUAUGUAAUUUACGUUGUUGGCACUAAUUCAUACAUUGAAGACUUCAUGCUAUACAAAGGAUACCUUAUUCAGAUGCUAAACAUGAAUAAUGAGUACACUCCGCCAGCUCUUUCCGCAUUGGCUGUUCUGACAACGUAUCCUGAGGCUGUGAAGUCCUUUAAAGCAAUGAAUUUGAUGCAGAUUCUCGGUGGAAUAAGCAAUGUCCCGAAUUACCAGGUUUACAUUGACGCAAUCACUGCGAACUUGAAUAGUAAUUGA